GCAUCCAAUGAAAACGAACUUUAUUGUUCACAGAACUGUAGACAGUGGUCGCUCCGCGGAUGGAUUGAAAUGGCACAGCUGCACUACGAGUCUUUAUGUCAGAAUUGUUUUAGAAUUCGCAUUUUCAGGCUGAUUUGUUUUACUUCUAGGAUAACACAUUGAGGAAUGAUUUGUUUUUCCUGUAUAUUCACAAGCAGUAAUGUAAGAUAAACGGUUAAUAACAAAUACUUGCGAUUAGAAAUAGGCCGCUUUGAGCCUCGGGUUUUCGUACGAAUUCCCACCGCCAUGGAACUCUUGGCUCUGGCGCAGCCUGUGACAAUUUGCAAUCGGUGUCACAUCAUUUGUUAGUUAACACAGUGCCUCAGGUGAGUCCUGAAUUUCUCUUUGACGUCUCAGGUCAUCAGCUGGAGGAAGUCCACUGUUGCCACAAAAUCUUCAGAAUCCUGCUUGGUGACCUGCUAAUUGUGCAUUUGCACAAAUCCAGAACUCGCAGUUCAGUUUGCUUUGAGAUUACAGCAGUCUGUGAACAGAACACCAGAAUAUUAUCCACGGAGUCAGCAUGGCUUCAGUUCCUGUAUACUGCUUGUGCCGACUUCCCUAUGAUGUGACACGCUUCAUGAUUGAGUGUGAUGUUUGUCAAGACUGGUUUCAUGGAAGUUGUGUUGGUGUAGAGGAGGACAAGGCUGCAGAGAUUGACCUCUAUCAUUGUCCCAAUUGUCAGGUUUCACAUGGCCCCUCUGUCAUGCGUAAGCGACGUGGGGCUCACAAGUCAGAUGUAGGCGGUGGAGUGAGGGAUCCAAGCCGACCAGUGAAGACUGGCAGCGCCCAGUUUGUGAGGGAGUUACGUAGCCGCACGUUCCCAAAUGCGGACGAGAUCCUCCUGAAGCCGACUGGGGCCCAGCUCACAGUGGAGUUUCUGGAGGAGCAUUCCUUCAGUGUCCCUGUCAUGGUCCUGAGGAGGGAUGGCCUGGGCAUGAGCCUGCCCCCAUCAUCUUUUGCUGUCAGUGAUGUGGCGCACUACAUUGGUGGUGACAAGGAGAUUGAUGUGAUUGAUGUUUGCCGCCAAGCUGACCUAAAGAUGAGACUUGGGGAUUUUGUUGAGUACUACAACAGCCCCAACAGAGACCGAGUGCUCAAUGUGAUCAGCCUUGAGUUCUCAGAAACCAAGUUGUCUAACCUGGUAGAAACCCCAAAGAUAGUAAGGAAGUUGUCGUGGGUGGAAAACUUGUGGCCUGAAGAGUCUGUGUUUGAAAGGCCCAACGUGCAGAAGUACUGCUUGAUGGGUGUGAAGGACAGCUACACAGACUUCCACAUUGACUUUGGAGGAACCUCUGUGUGGUAUCAUGUUCUACGAGGUGAGAAGAUCUUCUACCUAAUCCGUCCCACCCCUGCCAACCUGGCCCUGUUUGAGCGCUGGAGCUCGUCGUCCAAUCAGAAUGAGAUGUUCUUUGGCGAUCAGGUGGACAUGUGCUACAGGUGCUCUGUCAAGCAAGGAAACACGCUCUUCAUUCCAACAGGAUGGAUCCAUUCUGUUCUCACACCUGUUGACUGCCUUGCUUUUGGGGGCAAUUUCCUUCACAGCCUCAACAUUGACAUGCAGCUUCGUGCGUACGAAAUUGAAAAAAGGCUGAGCACUGCAGACCUGUUCAGAUUCCCCAAUUUUGAGACCGUUUGCUGGUAUGUUGGCAAACAUCUUCUGGAUACAUUCAGAGGUUUGAGAGAGAACAGACGUCAUCCUGCCAGUUAUCUGGUCCAUGGAGCCAAAUCUUUGAAUAACGCCUUCCGGACCUGGACACGUAAAGAGUCACUGACUGAGCAUGAAGAUGAAAUCCCAGAGACCAUAAAAACGCAGCAGCUGGUUAAAGACUUGGCAAAAGAGAUUCGACUGGUUGAGGAUAUCUUCCAGCAAAACCUGGGUCGUGGUGGAGUCCCGUAUCCUGGCCCACCGGGUUUCCAGACACCUCACCCCAAAGCCCAGGUAUCCUCCCCUCCGAACUCGGGGCGCCCCCCAGGUAAGAAGAGAGGUCCUAAACCCAAAGACAUGCCCAUGGGAGGAGGCGUGAGUUCCCCAAGUCCCAAGAAGAAGAGCCUGAAGAAGGAGAUCAAGACGGAGGCAGGAGAGCUGGACCUUCUGGAGAUUCACACCAAACACACGCUCAAGAAGUUUCAACCCGGAAAUAAAGCCAAGAGCAAGAACAAGUUGGAGCUGCCUUCAGCCUGUCUGGAUGACUUUGAGGGCAAACUGAACAAGAGCAAGCUGAAGCUGGUGCUGACCAAUGGCAAAUUAGGGAAGAAGGGAGGUCGAGGGGCGAGCUCGAACGGAGACAAGCGUGUCUCCCAGUUCCAGCCGCUGCUGCCCAGCUCGGCUCUGUCCGACAUGGACUCCGAGGACGAGCUGCAGAUAGACGAGUCACCGCCCCCUCGUCGCAAAGCAACCCCCAACAAAAAGAAACUAGCGGCUGUGGGACUUCCCAGGAAACUCCCGCGGGCUAAGCCUUGCUCAGACCCUCAUCGUGUGCGUGAGCCUGGGGAGGUGGACUUCGAUAUCGAGGAGGACUACACUACGGAUGAGGAGACUCUAACAAUGCAGGCAAUGAAGGGUGGAGCUGGGGGGAUCCUGGACCUACUCAAGGCCAGCAAACAGGUGGCUGGCCUGGACUCUGCUCUCAGUGAGGAGGCUCCUGCCUCUCCCAGCACAAGAGAUGCCAUUCAGGGCAUGCUGUCCAUGGCCAACCCUCCCUCCUCUUCCUCCUCCUCAUCGUCGUCAUCCUCUCCUCUCUCUGUGUCCGGCGGAGCCGCCGAGGGAAUGCUGAAGGAGAGGGGCCGGGCCACCUGGGUUGCGGGUCCCAAGAAGAGCGACAAGAAGGCUGUGGUCCAGCGGCCAGGGAAGCGCCCAAUCAAGCGCCCGGCCCGUCACCUCAGCGACGACGACAGCCCUGACGAGCAGGAGACUCUGGGGACUUGUUUUAAGGACUCCGAAUAUGUGUACCCCUCCCUGGAGUCUGAUGAGGAGGACCAUGCCUCAAAAGCAAAGAUGAAAAGGAAGAGGAAUUGGGACGAUUCGCCCUGGAGUCCAAAAGCCCGUGUGACCCCAACACUGCCCAAGCAGGAGAGGCCGGUUCGAGAGGGAGUGAGGGUGGCGUCUGUGGAGACCGGUUUGGCGGCUGCUGCUGCCAAGCUGGCACAACAGGAGCAUCAGAAGACCACCAAGCGGAAAUACACCAAAAAGCGCCCGUCUGCCCCACCGCCACCUCUGCCCCAGGCCGAGCUGGCUCCCCCGUCGCCCCUGAUGCCCAGUGAGCCCCCGCCCGAGGCCGUGCAGGAGGAGCGCAGGCUAGAGGCGUACUCGGCCAGCCUCCUGGACCACGAGUACACGGCGGGACCUGGCCCCUUUGGCCCCGGGGGGCCAAGAGGAAGUGCCGCCAUGGCGCCGGGAGUCUUCCUCACGUCCAGAAGGCCCUCACUGUCUCCACAGAACAGCAGCAGCUACUCACCCUCUGCCCCAUCCCCGGCUGGCCAGACCAGCCCUGGGGCUUCUGGAGGAGGACAAGGGAAGCGUCCAAAGAAAGGACUUGCCACGGCCAAGCAGCGGCUUGGGAAAAUCCUGAAAAUCCAUCGGAACGGCAAGCUGCUCCUGUGAGAGGGGAAGCUGCCACAUGAGAUGGAACCAGACAGUGGAAGAUGGGAGGCUGAGAGGAUAAGAGAGGAGAGAGAGAGAGAGAGACAGGAAAGGACAAAAGGAGGGCGGGCAGAUUUAAAACAGGAGGAUGGAGCGAAGCAGUGAUGCCCAGUUCCACUUCAGCUGUGGUGAACAAAAAAACAGAAAUGUACAUUAUUUUGCCUGAAAGAGGCUGUGACUGUAAACGGUUGGGAGAGGAGACUGCAAGCUGAGCAGAGCGUCGCUGGUAUGAAGCAUGAGACUGAGUGACUGAUGUUCCGUAUUUGUACAUUUCUAUGUCAUCCAUGACUCAUUCCUCAAAUCUUUCAGUGCUCACAUUUUUAUCAUAAGCAACAUCCCAUUGGUUUUUGAUAAGGGGGGUUGGGGGGGUGUAUUUAAGAUAGAGAAUUGAACUCAUCUGACACCUAACCUAUCAUGACUUGAGUGAGUUCAUAUGUAGAAAAGCUUUUAUGUAAUGAUUUUAUAUCUUUUGAGGAUUCAAUUCAAUCUGAAUUGUGUGUGUUUGCACACCAUGUGUUUGCGCACCAUGUGUUUGCGCACCGUGUGUGUGUGUGUGUGUGUGUGUGUGUGGAGCUAAAGCAAAAGGCUUACAUCUAGCCUCUUUUGAGUUCUGUGUUUUUAUAUGUGGAACAGUUACAGCACACAUAAGAUGAGGGAUUUCAGUGCUAACAAGGGAAAUAACCAUCACUGUUUCAAAAUAAGAGACUGUUUUCCUUAUAAAGGAAAAACUGUUCUAAUCUAGCCCUGAUCCCUUCUAACCUACCCCACCCCACUCCACUCCUGCAAAUGUUUGUAUAAUAACAUUUUUGUAUAGCAUUAUCAUUGCAGUGACCUAGUCUGUGUGAAAUGUACGAAAUUUAGUUUUUUUUUUUUUACUUUACAUGUGUACACAUGCCCUUCCUCCUCCAUAUGAAUCCCCUCCACUCAUCUUUUUAGUGAUUAUGCUUGUCUGAAUUCUGUUGUAUUAUAAUGUUAUAAGUGUUUGUUUCAAGAGCUCCCUCUUAGACCCAAGUAACUGUAGAUAUCCAAACCCUGUGUACUUAAUCCGCUUGGCCAGCUUGUUUAUUAAUGUUGCAAUGCAGUCUUUUAAAACUCAUUUAAGAAUGUGUGUGUUUCUAGGUGUCUAUAUUUUUUUAGUUGUCCAGUCACCCAGGAUAGGCAGUAGGAUGCCCUUAUGCGAGGAGACUGGCUUUAGAUCUGUCCUGUCUGCCUUCAUGAAAUUGUGUAGUCCACAAAAGCUUGAUAAACUGUACUGACGAACAAGUAAAUAAAGGAGAUGUUCUUCAGGUUAGGAAUGGCAGUGUUUUUAGAUGGAGGAACAUUAAUGGUUAAGCUUAGGAGAGUUCAUACAUGUCAUUGUAUAUAAUUGUUGUAAUUUUAUUUUCAUAGUUUUAAACAAAUCUUUGUUGCAUCACAAACCUUCUUGAUAACAUGACUUCUGUAAAAAAAAUACAUAAUUGGUUGGGAAAUGUAAGAAAUAGUUGUUUAGUUGUUAUUAUUUGUAUGUGGUAAUUAUUAUUUUUAGUUGGUCUUGUUUAUUGGUAAUAUUGUAACAAUGAAGUUAAUGUAUUCAAAAGCGCAGUCCUUUGCUACUGUUCAUUUUGCUAUCUUUUCUUUUAGUAAUUAAUAUUAAUAACUGUUGUCAAAAUAUUUGUUGGGUAUUUUUUUAAAGAUAUUUGGUCCAGAUGGCUUAGAUAUAACAUUUUUAAACAAAGUAAUUCAUGAUUUUUGCUGUACCAUUAUGCGUUGAAUGAAAUGCUUUCACGUUCACACAAAAAAGAGCUAUCAAGAAUCCCUUUCUCACAUAUACGAAUGUAAUGAUGUCAAUCACAAGCACCACUAAACAUUCAAAAGUUCUACAUUUUUUUCAUUUGUAAGACCUAUAUUAUUGUUGACUGUCCAGCGAUAGACCUACAGUAGAUUGAGUCUAGUUGGGGCCCUAUAAUUCAGUAUGGCAAAUUGAAGAGGUCAUAUUUGUCUCAGUUGGAUGUUACCUUUCAGAUGGUACUGGUGACUUCCAUAAAGAAAUUAUUUUUUUGAGGUCAGCAAAAAUGUAUUAUUAGUGCAUCAGUUUUAUUGUCAAUAUUUGUCAGUUUGUUGCUUUUCAGGCCUGUGAACCACUGUACUUAUUGGUCUUUUAGAGACUUAUGAUACUUAAAUUUAGAGUGUAUGGUGGCAUACAUCUCCAUUCUCAAGAAAUGGUCAUGAUUGCUGAGUGAAAUUCACAUCAAGGAUCACAAAAUUGUAUUCAACUCUCAAUUGCCCAUACUACAGUGUAGCAUUGUCAUUUAUUAUCUACCAAAAUGUUUUAAAUGCCAUGCUUUUCUUUGACGUUUUUCAAUUUCUAAAUGACUCCUUUCCCACAUUCUUUUCAGAUCUCAUUGUCAUGCAUUUGAUCAUUUCUGUGCUCAAAGUUUUUUUUCCUUUUGUUUAUAUAAAUUAGUGUGGUUCACACAAUUCCUCUCAGGGUUUAUUUUGUAUUGAUUAUGAAUUUGUUGUUACUACAUUAAUGAGCACCUACAAAUGUCACUCAGUUCACUCCAAAUCUGCUUUUGCAUAUCAUACUUAAAGAGUCCCAUACAUAAACCAUCCCCUGGUUUUUGGAAGUUUAGAAUGGAUUUUUCAAUUACACUCAAUUAAAGCAUAUUUUUUAAAGUUA